AAAGAGGGCAAGGCACACAAUGUUCAACCCUAUAAAGAAAGCAUUUUAGUAUUUUAUUGUUUUCAAUGUAAUUAAAGGAAUCAGAGCAAGCCCAGUGGCUUCAGCUUGCUGCUCGCUUACAGGUAUGUUAGCAGAAGCUGUUUCAUCUCAGAUUUUCCCACUACUUCUUCUGGUUGUGGCAAAAGGCAGGAGCGAGAGCAAUUCCAUCUGUAUGUACUUGUGCCUGCAAAGCAAAUCCUGCAGCAGUGUCAGCAGUCCCAUGUGGGUCUGGAGGCAGCCGAGUUUGUUUUCAGUUCACCAUAAGAAGGCACAGAGAGCAGUCAUGGAUACCAAGAUUGCAAUCUCCCUCCUGAUUCUUGCUUUUAUGGGCAACUUUCCUGAGAUGAUGCUGGCAGCGGAGCUGCGGUGUCACUGCAUCCGAAACGUCAGACGAUUAAUGCUGCCUAAGCACCUGGCCAAUGUGGAAAUCAUUCCCAAGGGCCCCCACUGCAAGGCUGUGGAAAUCAUAGCAACACUGAAGAACGGCCAGCAAAUCUGUUUAGAUCCCCAGGCAAAAUGGGUGAAGAUGAUAAUUAACAGGAUUCUACACAGCUCAGCCAAGAAACAGCAUCAGUAAAGAAAAGAGAGGCAUCUCUACAAACAAGCAAAAGCUGCAUGGAAAUGCCAGUAGCCUUUCAGUGUCUCCAGGGCUAGGUAUUCAUCAUCUUACUCUCAUUUUUUUCUGUCCUCACUUUUUCUGUCCUCACUUAUAUCCAUGAAAACUGUUGAUUUUCAAAAGGAAACUGCUGGGCUCAGUAGGCUGCCACAACACAAGCAAGCUCUCAUAUUUUAUCACAAAAUUUUACACUGUGCUUAACCGCAGAGCAUUUAAAGCAAUAUCCUAGCCAAACCCUAGCAUAGCAUCACAUCAGUCAGCUGGAAACACCUGCACAGGCUUAACUACACCAAGGAUGUGGCCGUCUCCAAACUGGUGGUAAUACCAAGUCAUCUGUAAGCUUCAAACCAUCUGUAAGCUUCAUUCAGAAGGACUACAAAGUAGGGUUUUGUCUAGUUUAAGAAAGUUGUAGUUUUCAAACUAAUGAGGAAUUAACCAAAGGAGAUUCUUAGUGAAUGUAUUAAAAAGAAGGAGAGAGAGAGAGAGAGGAAAAAAGGAAUUUCUUGAUAUCAGUAAGCAGCUUGCUUAGAGGCAAUAUGAUCAAUUGAAGUGAAACAAAUGCUGUAAGAUUUUAGUGUUUAAAACCUAUUUUUUUGGUCUCAUGGUCAUUAAAUACAGCUCUAACCUUAAAACCAUAGUCAUAGUUAUUUUGUUUUUUGUCACCAUGCAUGACUGCAAUAAUACUGUCAAUUUCAAAAGGGUUCUUCUCUAUAAAAGGUUUUUUAGGUUUUCAGAAGCCAUCCAUUCAAAUGUAAAGAAUAUGUCUAUGAAAUAUCUUAAUGUUUCAAAUAUGCUCAGAGUUUUGCCACCUGCAAACCAUUGUGAGGCUUUAUUCAUAAUGCACCAGGGGCUGAAAUGUAAAACAAAAUUUAUAAUAAAUACAAGACCAUAUAUAA